AUGUCUUUACUCAGUCUCGUUGCGAGGUUUUCUCGCUCUGCCGUGCGUACUCUCCGACCAAGAUUUUUUUCCCUAACUUUGCAAAGAAACAAAAAAGCUGAGCAUACAACCUCCUCAUCUAUCUACAACCUCCCUCCCUCCGCAUCCAAAUUUAAACUACGAGAUAUUGACCUACUGAGAGUGGGCUUCAAACCAGCUUCAAGCGAGAACGCUGUUAUACCCGAUGUUGAAGUCACCAAAAUUCCGGAUAAGUAUGUUUGCCCUGAUAUCAGUAGUCAUAUACUUGGAAAUCCAUAUUUCGAUGUUGAAAAUAUUGAAGGACUCACGGAUAAGCGUGCUCGAACUUUCUUUAUGAAAUUGCAUAACGUCGUGAUGAAUGGUCUUGAAGUUAUAGGCACCAACGAAACUUUUACUGAUACACUUGUGGAUAAUCUGCUUCGUAUCGCUAAGUUGGAUGACUGGCCCUUAAUGAUCAGAAAUCAUCCGCUAUGCAAGUUAUACAUUGAAGAUGAUCCUUGCGUGUCAUCAGAGCCCGAAUUUGUAGUAGGGAAGCGAAAAAUGGCUGUUAUUGUGGUGGAUGACAAACACCUGAAAAAUGUCGGGGGAAGCACUGGAUUUGGAGAAACACAGAUUGCUGUAGAAAUUCUCGCUUGUGGUAGUGAGAAUAUACGUUCUAUUGGCUCGGAGGAACAUACAGAUCAGAUAUUAUGGGCCAUUCGCGUCAUCUCUUCAUAUGUUACGUUUUAUAAAGCUGUGAUUCCCGCAGCGUAUUGGGUGGAACUUGAAAACGGCCUACCGAACAAACAGAAAUUUGAGAUUGAAAGAUGGCCAAUCAAGAAUGGCUUGAGGACUGGUUUCGAUCUCGCUGAACCGGACGGCAGACGGACAGUAUUGACAGCAUUGGUCAAAAUUCGUGAAUCACUCUUACAAGAAGACAAAGAGGAAGACGAACAGCUGUCGUAA